GGGAUGAACUUCCAUGGAGCUACGGAGUGAGCCGGCAGCCGCGGCGUAUGGAUCCGGAGCGCCUGUCCACACUCCUGCUCACCGUGUGGCUGCUGGGAGCCCCGGCCGGCCGCUGUGCCGCAGGUGAUUGCCAGUGUUCCUGCUCAGAUCUUCCACACAUCCCGCUGACUGAGCCGCCUCCAGAUGACUGCUGCCAAAAGGAACGUUACCGCUACAAGUGUGUUGACGGCUACAUCAGGAAGGCGGGAACCUCCAACCUCGCCAAGUGCAUCGAGUCCAAGUGGGAGCAUGGCCUCAGAUUAGUAUGCAUACCCGAUCCCAACAACCCCCCAAAGAGCACAACAGUGGAGCCUGCGGUUGACACGUCGUCAGCAGCUCUACCGAAGUCUGUGAUUGAGACGACACUGGACGAUGUCUCCUCCAAAUCUCCCACGACCACGUCCCCCAUCCAGACUUCUGCCACGUCCACCGCCGCUUCCUCGUCCAAUCCAACGGCUCGGAGUCACAACACGUCCUCCACCGCUCCCACUGGCCAAUCAGAGGUGCAGAACAUGACAUUAAGUCCCGCCCCCACAGGUUCCCAUGACAACAGCCCGUUGAGGAGGCAGCACAACGUUCCAGGGCUGAGCAUCAUGGGAGUUCUGCUGAUCGGCUGCGCUGCGGCGGCGACCGGCUUCCUCUGCUGGAAACGCAGGUCGCAGCGUGCAGACAAAAGCACACAGCAGACAGAGACGGCGGAGGAAAAAUCACCCAUGAACACCGAGGAGGACGCUGCGCCCCAGGAGGUGUGCACGCCGCUGUGACGCGUUCGAUGAAGGAGUGUCCCGACUGCAAAUUGGAGCUUUUUUUCUUCUCGGUGGCAGAAACGAUCUCAUUGGCAGAUUUAAAUCUCAGGGGGCGGAGCCAGAGAUCUUCAGCCUGAGGGUCCAAAAAAAAUGACCUGUUUUUUGACGGGGUGCUUUUGCCAUUUUUUAUUAUUUUUUUAGGCUUUUUAACAUCGACACCGUGCAGCGUCCUGAUAGAGAAAUGCAGUUUUUAAUAAUGACUGUUGUUAAAUAUGGAUAAAUAAUUACCUGUCCUCCUGUCGUUACCUGUGUUAUUAACUGACCGCUGAAUGUUGAACUGUUUUUUAAAAUGUUGGAAUCAGAUGAAAAUGUCAGAGCUUUGUUUUUCUGAAUUAUUUUUAUUAAAAAAAUGUUUUUUUUUUCUGGA